AUGACUAUGUGCAUAAGUAUCUAUCUGACUUCAUAUUUCAAAAAUCUAUAUGAAGUUAUAGGAAGACAGAAAGAGCAGAACAUCAUCAAUUGGGAAGAAAUUCGAGUCUACUACUCGUAUUUGGUGGAACUUGUGAAUGAAGUGAACAGGAAUAUGUGUUAUAUGAUACUUCUAUCAUUGUUUACGAGUCUCUUUUUUAUAGUGGUCCAAUUGUUUAACCUUAUACAG